AUCAUGUGGAGUGGGCGUCGCAGUGUGCCGCGCCGCGCGCAAGCGUCGUUUCUCCGAUGGAUGUCGACGCCGCCGCCACAAGUGUAUGUUCCUCUGCGCGCCAGAGACACGAAGAUCAUGUGCACGGUUGGACCUGCUAGUGAAUCCGUGGAUAUUCUCAAACGUCUUAUCACAAGUGGAGCGCGCAUUUUCCGGCUCAACUUUAGCCACGGCGACUUUGAUUCUCAUGCAGAACGUCUCCACUCGAUUCGUAAGGCGUCGGAGCAGCUUCGGAUUCCCGUCGCCGUGUGCGGGGAUUUGCAAGGUCCCAAGAUUCGCGUCGGGUACAUUCCGUCGAGCAUUCAAAUGAGCUCCACCCCCCCUGCGCUCGGCGGCCUCAUCGUCGUCAAGGAAGGUGACACGGUCAUCCUGUCCGCGUCGGCCGAAGAGUCUGUGAUUGUCGACGGCGUUGCCACUCUGGCUCUGACGUACAAAGACUUGGUUCACGAAGUAUCCCCGGGGCAUCUCGUGCUGAUCAACGACGGCGCGAUCCGCAUGGAAGCGUUGUCUGCGCAAGGCAAUGAUGCGCUUGUCUGUCGUGUGUUGUUGGGAGGCGUUAUCACGUCUGGGAAAGGCAUCAACUUGCCCGAUUCUGACAUCAAGGCGCCUGCGAUCACGGCCAAGGACUGGACCUGUGUCGAAUGGGCGAAAGCCAACCACCUCGACUACAUCGCGUUGUCAUUUGUGCGCGACGCGGCCGAAGUCGUCGAGCUCAAGGCCGCGCUGGGCGGCGACUCCAACAGCAGCAUGCAUGUGAUUUCCAAGAUUGAAAAGCCCCAGGCGAUUCACAACUUGAACGCGAUCAUCGAAGCCAGCGACGCAAUCAUGGUUGCCCGCGGUGACUUGGGUGUGGAAAUGAACUUGGCGACCGUCCCCAUCAUUCAAAAGCAAAUCGUCGCGCGGUGCCAGCUCUACGGCAAGCCAUGCAUCGUAGCCACCCAGAUGCUCGAAAGCAUGAUCGAGAACGCAAUCCCUACGCGGGCCGAAGCCAGCGACGUCGCCAAUGCCAUCUGGGACGGCGCCGAUGCCGUCAUGUUGUCGGCUGAAAGUGCCACGGGCCGCCACCCAGAGCUUGUGGUGCAAACUAUGGCCGACAUCAUCGAGCAGGCAGAAAGUGCCGACUCGCAUAAGGCCACGAGCGUCCCGCCCGAGCGAAACGCGCCAGCUCACAAGCUCACGGCGGCACUGGCGUACGGGGCAUGGCAUGUCGUAAACAAGACAGAGGUUAAAGUGGUCGUGUGCUGGUCACAACAUGGCAACGCCGCCCGGUACUUGAGCCAAAGCGACUUUCGCGUGCCAAUUGUUGCGUUUUCCGACGAUCCCCGCUCGGUCAACCAAAUGGCACUGUACAAUGGUAUUACACCAGUGGCGAUGGACGUCCCAGCGACACUGUCAGAUUUCAUCGACCAAGCGUCCAAGAUUUUGCUUGAAAAUCGGUGGGUGCAGCCGUCGGACUUGGUGCUGUUCCUGGGGGGGCGACCGCUCGGGGCGUCGAAAUCCACCAAUUCCAUGACCGUUCACGAAGUGGGAUCGAAUGUGUUUGCAGACUAAGUGGAGAUAUAUUGUGCAUUUGAUUGAAUCGACGGGAUCGCCUUUGUAAGAAUAGUACAAUAGUAUUAGGUUCGUACAGAUGUACUAGUAUUAAGUAGUACAGUAAUACACUAGUACUAGGUUCAUUGUGGUCGUAAUAAUCAAGUGCGAAUGAAUGGACA